AUGGAUGCGAGACGGCUGUCUGGUAAUGCAGCGAUGGAGGCCGGUGGCGGAGCGGCGCAGGGAGGCGCGCACAGAGCCAGCACCGAGUGCUUAAGACUGACUGAAGAGAGAGACGAAGCCGAAAGACAGCUUAAGCACAUUAAGAGGGUUUCCCAAAUGGUAAUUGAAGAAGUGAACGUGCUGCAGACUCAGCUUGAAAUCGAGAAGUCCUGUCGAGAAAAUGCUGAAGCACUGGCCACCAAGCUGAACUGUGAGAACAAGAAGCUAAAGUAUCUGAGCCUAUCAUCUCGACCCUGUCUUGAUGAGCUCCUGCCCAGCAUAUCAGACUGCAUCUCUCUGGAGGAGGAGAGUGAUCCACAGGAGCAUAGCCCUGACCCCUAUACCCAGUACCAACAGCAAGUCAAAGAUCUUCAGGAAACUGUGAACACUUUACUGGAGGAAAAAAAGCAGUUAACCUGUCAGUUACAGGAGCAGCAAAGGAAAAUUGUGGAGCUGACAGCACUUACUGAAAAAGAGCAAGCAGAGAUGAAGGAGCUUCACAAGACCAUUGAGCAGCAAAGCAAGACCAUCAAGAGAUUCAACAGAGUGUCCAUGAUGGCUGCUAAUGAAUAUGAAGGACUGAAGGAACAGCUGGAUCUGGAGCAGAGCCUGAGGCAGAAGGCAGAGACCUAUGCACAUGAGAUGUUGGUGAAGCAAAAAGAAAGUAACAGGCAGAGCAUGAUUCUUCUGCAGCAGGCAGACCCCAGUGUUCAGCUGCUCAAAGCACUGGAGGAUGUAGCAAAUGUAACCAAAACACUGGAGCAAGAACGACUGCAGCACCAAGAAAAGCUAAAGGCUUUGGAGGUUCAGCUGGAUCAGAGUGCCUUGCGAAAACAGUUAGAACAGCUGCAGAAACAGCUGGAGUUACUGGACGAAGAGAAAAAAGACACUGAAGAACGUCUCCAGCAGGAGGUGAAAAAGUGUGGUGACUUGGAGAGCAGAGUGAAAGCGCUGCAGGAAUCUCAGAGGAAAAGUGAAUCAUCUCCUGGGACUGCACCUCCGCCUGCUCCUCCUCCCCCUCCCCCUCCACCACCACCACCUCCUCCUCCCCCUCCACCACCACCACCUCCCUCCCGUUGCAACCCACUCAGCUCCCUCAUCGCAAUCAUGCGGAAAUCUUCCAAGGCUGGAAAAGGCUCUCCAAAAUUAGAGCAGGCUCCAGUGCCAGAAGCUGUGGAUGAUGUCAAAGUAAAGGCUGUGAAUGAAAUGAUGGAAAGGAUCAAACAUGGGGUGGUUCUCAGACCUGUGAAAGGACAGGACACAAAGAGAUUUGUUUCAAAGCAAAGUCCAGCUAGUGACGAGAAGCAGCACCAGGAGAGUGCUAUGGAGGAGCUAAAAGGCAUCCUGGAUGCAGUAAAAAAGAGUCCCAGUCGUGGCUUCCAGGAGACAUUGCCUGUUAAGAAGGACAGUGAACUGGAAGUGAUUCUCAGGAGGAGACGCAAGCAGGCCUGUGAACCAGCUUCUGCAGAUGAGGUGGAAGGCCAGAUCAGCAAAGUGUCUUCAUUUGAUAGUCUGAAUGGCCGGCACAGUUCAGACUCAGGAAAAGACACAGACAGGCCAAGCAGCAGCUCUCUCUCAGGGAGUGAUUCCAGCCCCAGGAACAGUUCAGAUUUGGGCACUGAACCAAAUGGAAGCAAGCAAAAUUUUGCUGUGCAUACACGUCUCUCAGAGAAAGAGCCCACUGAACUGAUCAUCAAAGGUUCUUCUGCACGAGAGCUAAAGGGUGAAGAGCAGGAGAACAGUAAACAGCACAGUGGCCUGAGCCACCCAGCGCAGCACGAGGACCCACAGGUGACCAUGAGCUCCUCAGCAGACAGUACCAACGCAGCAAACAGCAGCAUGGAUGCUGAGUGUUAA